GUAUCCGUGUUGAUAAUACAGUGACGUCAGCUGUGAUGAGUUUCACGUACUGAAGUGCAGAGACAUUCAUAACAAGUGCAGUGGCGGCUGCUGUUUUUGCGAUUUCCCUCCGUAAUCUGCCUGCGCUCGAUGUGGAAAUAAGGCAAGACGCGAGACUGGAAGUCAGGCUGUGAAGGGAAAUGCUCGCAUCACGGAAGUUGCGAGAGCAGGGAGUUUGUUUCGAUUUGCUGCUUUUCAAGUACAGGAAAGCUGACCGAAAGUGAAAACAAAUAAAAAUUAUACAUACGCCCAUCGGUCCAAAACUCCGUUCCAGCUGCUUGACUGCCAUGAACUUCAAAAAACCAAGAAAUUCCGCACCUUUGGUGCCCAUCAGGCCUCCGCCGCCACCUCCAGGGCAAGCAGCAGCUCCCUCAGGGAGACAAAAUAAUGGUGCCCCUUCAAAAAAGGGCGUAAUGAACUUAUCAAAACUCAUCCCGAAGCGGAUGCAAAAGAAUCAGUCAUCAGGAAGCAGUAGUAAUCGCCACGAAACUGUUACGAAAAAGUCUGCUCCGCCUCCUCGGCCGCCACCUCCUAAAUUUGCUCCAAAACAGCCAGUCCUGAUCGAUCUUUUGAGCGGCUCGCCUCCCAGCUCGCCAUCGCCAACUCUUCGCUCUCAGGAGAGCGGCUUCGAAGAGUCGCCAGACGUGUGGAAAAGCUGGCCAGAAAGCUCCGCCUCGACUCCCAUGGUGGACUGGACAGUGGGCCCCGCGGCUUCGGCCGACCCCUGGGACUCUGCGGGCUGGUCCUCCUCGUCCGGCGGGAUGACCUCCAACGCUGGCUGGGCGACCUUCGACGGUGCCGAGUCGCAACGACAGCUUUCGGAGGUGCGCUCGACCACCAUGCCGACCCUGAACUCGGCCGCGGCGACCCUCAGCGCCGUUAGGAGUACACCAUCCAUGCCGACCAUCAUCAGGCCGGGAGGGCCAAAAAAACUGGUCAAGAAAGAUAAAGUGGAUGAUAUUUUUGAAGAUGACCAGAGUCCCCCAAUGCCAAGUUUUCCUCCUCCACAACUGCCGCAAGACGUGGAGGACACCUGCAACGAGCCCACGGUUUUCCAUGUUGUUGCCGUUUUUGACUAUGAGUCUGACCACCCUGAAGACCUCAGUUUCAAGGCUGGAGAGGUCAUCGAGGUCCUAUCGAUGGUGAACGAAGACUGGUACACGGGACAGUGCGGCGACAGGCUGGGCCACUUCCCUGCCAACUUUGUUGAGCCGCAGUGAUGAAAUGUGUGCUUUCUUUCUAUCUGAAUUGUGAUCGUCAAACAAACGUUAGUGCUUAGCCCAAAUAAUACCCUUCGUAAGUGAUCUGCAUUUGUACAAGGACACCACACUAUUUAACCAUCGCUCUACUCGAUUACGUUCACGCUGCCAAUCCGAUAAUUAAUUUUAGCUAACUUUAAUUUCAAGUGAUGCUAGACUAGACUAGAAUAUUAAGCAAUAAUAAAUUGAAACAAUAUUUGACACUUUCGCAAUCAAGUCAAAAUAAUAAACACUAAUAUUUUUGUUGAA